AUGCAUAGCCCAUUCAUCCGACUGUUAUUCUUGUUUUUGAUUAUUGAUCGAUUAGCAGAAGCGUUCGAUGUUCCCUGCGCACAAAAACUCAUUGGAAGCGAUUGUCUAUUCGAUGAAGAAUGUUAUGGAAUGAACUCAGUAUGUCGGAACUCCCGAUGCACCUGUCCCACUAACUUCGAAGAAUAUGACAUUGACGAACGAACUACUGUCUGCCGAUUAGCACCCGCUAAAAUCGGCGAUUCCUGUCAACGCGAUUGUAAGCCUCCCUUAUUGUGCAGAGAUGGUAAAUGCGAGUGCUGGGGUGGAAGUAUUGUCGACGGAAAGUGUGUUGUUCCUUGCCCAGCAGGACAACAAUUGUAUGGAGUAGAAUGUACACGUGUCGCUCAUUACAUGCAACCAUGUGAAAAAGACAGCCAAUGCGUUGACCCAUUCAAUUCGUGUAUUGCUGGAACAUGUCAAUGUGCUCCUGGAACUACAAGAGACACCGUCCGUGGAUUCUGCUAUGCAGUUUGUCCCGACGGGAUGCACCCUCGUCAAACAUGUCGUCGGCUCUUCAUCAACGAUAUUGAUAUGCUUGAGAACGCCGCCAACACGGAUAGCUGUCCAUUAGGCUAUCGAUGUGUCACUUAUGGAAGUCCAUAUGUGGGCCAUUGUUGUCGGUUGCGUUGUCCAUAUGGAGAGCCAGAUUUGAGUCAAUCUUGUGAUGCCGGAGCGUCACCAGAUUCAAAGUGUCGGCCUCUUACACAUUUCUGUUUCACAGUCAGUGAGCCAGGAUGGAAGUCAUCACUGUGCUGUCCAAGACCAUGUCGUGAUCCAACACCUCUCUACGUCAAUGGACAAUGUCUUUCUAUUGCUCAUCGUGGAGAUCCUUGUCAAAUCGAUCAGCAGUGUGAAGGUGGAAUCACUAUGUCAUGUUCAUUGGGAAGCUGCCAAUGCAAACUUGGAUACCAUGAGAACAAUGACGAGAGGUUCCCCACGUGCACAAAAGACUGCACGCUUGAAGAGGUUGCCAGCAACGAUAGAUGUUUGGCGAAGGUACAACUUGGAAGCAGAUGUUAUUCCAAUAAUCAGUGCAUCCCUUCCGCUGAAUGUCGUUUUGGUACUUGUCAAUGUAGAUGUGGUUAUAAACAGGUUAAGGAUCAACUACUCGGAGUCCGUUGCUCAAAUCCAGAUGAUCCGCUAAGCAUUGGUUCAAUUCUCGAUCGCGUCGGGGACAUCUUUGGAAAUAAACGAGGCAAAUAA